UCUAAAUUGAUCAGUGUACGAUCUUCCGGACGUCGGGCGCGGCUGUGCGACCCCUCACGACACGACUGGAGCCAUCAGCCAGGACUGUGGACACCCGGCAACCUGUGUAAUACUGUGAUGUGUGAACUGUGCAACCAGCGUUAGUGAACUAGUUUGUGAUAUACAAUGAAUAAGUGAUAGUAUUUACGACAGCUGCGUUAAUUGAUAAUUCAAGAUGGCCGAAGCGGAGGGGGGAGCAAGUGAGCAGGAUGAUGUCUCCUUCUUACGAACGGAAGACAUGGUGUGUCUGUCGUGCACGGCGACUGGAGAGAGGGUGUGCCUGGCAGCGGAGGGCUUCGGUAACCGACACUGCUUCCUAGAGAACAUCGCUGACAAGAACAUCCCGCCAGACCUGUCACAAUGUGUGUUCGUCAUCGAGCAGGCGCUGUCGGUGAGAGCUCUUCAAGAACUGGUGACAGCCGCGGGUUCCGAAACUGGCAAAGAGAACUUAGUAGGUAAAGGCACCGGUUCCGGACACAGGACACUGCUGUACGGUAACGCGAUUCUGCUGCGACACCUCAACAGUGAUAUGUACCUCGCGUGUUUGUCGACAUCUUCGUCGCAAGACAAGCUGGCGUUCGACGUGGGCUUGCAGGAGCACUCGCAAGGAGAGGCCUGCUGGUGGACCUUGCAUCCAGCCAGCAAGCAGAGAUCUGAGGGUGAAAAAGUGCGUGUGGGAGAUGAUUUGAUCCUGGUGUCUGUGGCUACUGAGAGAUACUUGCACACAACGAAGGAGAACGAGGUGUCGAUCGUGAACGCGUCGUUCCACGUGACGCACUGGUCCGUGCAGCCGUACGGGACCGGCAUCUCCCGCAUGAAGUACGUGGGCUACGUGUUCGGGGGCGACGUGCUGCGCUUCUUCCACGGGGGGGAUGAGUGCCUCACCAUACCCAGCACCUGGACUAAGGAGGGCGGACAGAAUAUCGUAGUGUACGAGGGCGGGUCGGUGAUGUCUCAAGCACGCUCGCUGUGGCGGCUGGAGCUGGCUCGCACCAAGUGGGCUGGUGGCUUCAUCAACUGGUACCACCCAAUGCGCAUCCGGCACAUCACCACCGGCCGCUACCUGGGCGUCAACGACCAGAACGAGCUCUACUUGGUCAGCAGAGAGGAAGCGACAACAGCAUCGUGCGCUUUUUGUUUGCGCCAAGAGAAGGAUGACCAGAAAGUGGUGCUGGAAGACAAGGACUUGGAGGUGAUCGGAGCUCCCAUCAUCAAAUACGGUGACUCCACCGUCAUAGUGCAGCAUUCGGAAACUGGACUUUGGCUCUCUUAUAAGUCAUACGAAACGAAAAAGAAGGGCGUAGGCAAGGUGGAAGAGAAGCAGGCCAUUCUCCACGAGGAAGGCAAGAUGGAUGACGGACUGGACUUCUCCCGCUCGCAGGAAGAGGAGAGCCGAACCGCGCGCGUUAUCAGGAAAUGUUCUUCACUCUUCACCAAGUUUAUCAAUGGUCUGGAGACGCUGCAGGAGAACCGGCGCCAUUCCAUGUUCUUCGCGUCCGUCAACCUGGCCGAGAUGGUGAUGUGUCUCGAGGAUCUCAUCAACUACUUCGCACAGCCCGACGAAGACAUGGAGCAUGAAGAGAAACAGAAUAAAUUCCGCGCGCUGCGGAACCGGCAGGACUUGUUCCAGGAAGAAGGUAUCCUGAACCUGAUCCUGGAAGCCAUCGACAAGAUCAACGUGAUCACGUCACAGGGGUUCCUGGCCGGCUUCCUGGCCGGAGACGAGUCGGGCCAGAGCUGGGACAUGAUUUCCGUCUACUUGUAUCAAUUGUUGGCGGCCAUCAUAAAGGGAAACCAUACGAACUGCGCUCAGUUCGCGAACUCCAACCGUCUCAACUGGCUGUUCUCGAGGCUCGGCUCACAGGCGUCGGGCGAGGGCACCGGAAUGUUGGACGUAUUGCACUGUGUGUUGAUUGACUCUCCUGAGGCGCUCAACAUGAUGAGGGAUGAGCAUAUCAAGGUUAUCAUAUCGUUGCUGGAGAAGCACGGUCGAGAUCCGAAGGUACUGGAUGUCCUGUGCUCUCUGUGCGUGGGUAACGGCGUGGCGGUCCGCUCCUCCCAGAACAACAUCUGCGACUAUCUGCUGCCGGGGAAGAACCUCUUACUGCAGACCCAACUUGUGGACCAUGUGUCCAGCGUCCGUCCGAAUAUAUUCGUGGGUCGUGUGGAAGGAUCUGCUGUGUAUCAGAAGUGGUAUUUUGAGGUCACCAUGGACCACAUCGAGCAGACCACCCACAUGAUGCCACAUUUGAGGAUCGGAUGGGCUAAUACCUCUGGCUACGUACCGUACCCGGGAGGUGGGGAGAAGUGGGGAGGUAAUGGAGUGGGGGAUGACCUAUACUCAUUUGGAUAUGACGGAGCGUACCUUUGGUCUGGGGGACGGAAGACCGCUGUCAACAGAACUCACGCUGAGGAGCCCUUUAUCAGGAAAGGGGACGUGAUUGGGUGCGCGCUCGACCUGACAGUGCCGAUUAUCAACUUCAUGUUCAACGGGGUGAGGGUCACCGGAUCCUUCACAAAUUUCAACCUGGACGGCAUGUUCUUCCCGGUCAUCAGCUGCUCCAGCAAACUCAGUUGUCGCUUCCUGCUGGGAGGUGAGCACGGUCGCCUCCGCUACGCCGCACCCGAGGGCUACUCCCCGUUGGUGGAGUCCCUGCUGCCGCAACAGAUCCUCAGCCUGGAGCCGUGCUUCUACUUCGGCAACCUGGCCAAGCGCGCGCUCGCCGGUCCCCCUCUGGUGCAAGAUGACACCGCCUUCGUGCCUACUCCUGUCGAUACUGUUUCUAUCACCCUGGCGACAUAUAUCGAACAAAUCCGAGACAAGCUCGCGGAGAACAUUCAUGAGAUGUGGGCCAUGAACAAGAUUGAGGCGGGCUGGAUGUACGGCGAGCAGAGGGACGACCUCCACAAGGUACAUCCGUGCCUGGUGCCGUUCGAGCGACUGCCUCCCGCUGAGAAGAGAUACGACAUCCAACUGGCUGUCCAGACGCUCAAAACGAUAUUGGCGCUCGGCUACUACAUCAGCCUGGACAAGCCGCCGGCUCGCAUCCGGAACGUGAGGCUCCCCAAUGAACCAUUCAUGCAGUCUAACGGCUACAAGCCGGCCCCGCUUGACCUGAGCGCGGUGACCCUCACGCCAAAGAUGGACGAGCUGGUGGACCAGCUGGCUGAGAACACCCACAACCUGUGGGCACGCGAGCGGAUCCAACAGGGGUGGACAUACGGCCUUAACGAGGAGCCGGAGAUGCACCGCUCCCCCCACUUGGUGCCGUACCCCAAGGUGGAUGACGCCAUCAAGAAGGCAAACAGAGACACGGCCUCGGAGACCGUUCGCACGCUACUGGUGUACGGAUACAACCUGGACCCACCCACGGGCGAACAACACGAAGCACUGCUGGCGGAAGCAUCGAAGCAGAAGCAAGCCGAUUUCCGCACGUACCGCGCCGAGAAGAACUACGCCGUCAGCUCGGGCAAGUGGUACUUCGAGUUUGAGAUCCUCACCGCAGGACCCAUGCGGGUUGGAUGGGCCCACGCUGACAUGCCCCCGGGUAUGAUGCUGGGACAGGACGAGAAUUCAUGGGCUUUUGAUGGAUACAAUUCGCUUAAAUGGCACGCCGGUACGAGCGACACAUUCGGCCAGCAACUUAAAGUGGGCGACAUUGUCGCCUGUUUCUUAGACGUCACUGAUCAGACCAUUAGUUUUUCUCUAAAUGGUGAACUUCUUAUGGAUGCAUUGGGAGGUGAAACUACAUUUGCAGAUGUGCAAGGGGACAAUUUUGUGCCCGCUUUUACUCUUGGUGUUGGACAGAAAGCUAGGCUCUCGUACGGUCAGGACGUGAACUCUCUGAAGUACUUCACGACAUGCGGUCUGCAGGAAGGCUACGAACCGUUCUGUGUUAACAUGAAGCGGGAUGUCACUCACUGGUACACCAAGGAUCAGCCGAUAUUCGAGAACACGGACGAGAUGAUUGACACCAAGAUAGACGUCACUAGAAUACCGGCUGGAUCCGACACGCCGCCAUGUCUGAAGAUCUCUCACAACACGUUCGAGACCAUGGAGAAAGCUAACUGGGAGUUCCUGCGGCUGUCGCUGCCGGUCAUCUGCCAUGCGGAAUUCAUAGAUGAGGCAGAGAAACAACGUCGUUGGGUGGAGAUCAAGGAGAGGCAGAGAAUGCUGAUGAAGGAGGCCACUGAGGCUCAGAUGCCAGCACACAUCGACCAGAUCAUGAGGAGCGGGUUCACCAUGAACGACAUCAAAGGUCUGCACUACGAGGACGGGCAGGAGGACUUGGCGGCCCGCCGGCGGCAGCCCCCGCGCCCACCCCGCAGGCCCUCUGUCACGCGAACAGUCACCAUCCAUGACUAUAACCUCCAACCAGGUCAAACGAACGGGAUGCAUCGAUCAACGAGUGAAGCUGAAAUGAGCAAGUACGAGCUUGGAGUUCAGGUCCCGAACGAAGAGAAGAAAGACAAGAGGGGAAGAUCCCCAUUCAAAUUCUUUAGAAGUAAGCGUGGUGAGAGCGGCGACCGCGGGAAGUCAAGAAAAUCCAAAACUCCCGAUCCGCUUUCUGAGCCAGACGUUUCUCCGGAGAGGGGAUUACGGCGACCCAAUCCGCAGAUACGAAUCUCACAGGCCAAUAAGAGAUAUAGCGUGGCCGGAAGAGCUAGCGGUCCCAAUCUGUACGGCAGCCAGACUAAUCUGAACACAAACCUCACGGUACCGUCGCCACAACAGGAACGGAAACAGAUGACAACCACCACGCUCGCUGCUAACGCUACCGAGACCAUUGGCAACGAAAUAUUCGAUGCUGACUGCUUGAAGCUUAUCAACGAAUACUUUUACGGCGUGAGAAUAUUCCCUGGACAAGACCCCACGCACGUGUACAUCGGCUGGGUCACGACACAGUACCACCUUCACUCCAAGGAGUUCAACCAGAGCAAGGUGACCAGGUCUUCGGUCAUUAUCACCGACGAUUACGACCGGGUCAUAGAAAGUGUGAACCGUCACUCGUGCUACAUGGUACGCGCUGAUGAGCUUUACAACGAGGUGAUGGCGGAGGCCACAGCCAAGGGAGCCUCACAGGGAAUGUUCAUCGGCUGCUCUGUCGACACGUCCACCGGAAGCGUCGCCUUCACCUGCGAGGGGAAGGAAACCAGCGUGAGGUUCAAGAUGGAACCAGAGACCAAACUGUUCCCCGCAAUAUUCGUGGAGGCUACCUCCAAGGAGAUCCUGCAGAUAGAGCUGGGCAGGUCUUCCACCAGUCUCCCGCUGAGCGCGGCAGUCCUCCCCACCAGCGACAAGCACGUCAACCCACAGUUCCCGCCCAGGCUCAAAGUACAGUGCCUCAAACCCCACCAGUGGGCUCGGGUACCGAACCAAUCGCUGCAAGUCCACGCCCUCAAGCUGUCAGACAUCAGGGGUUGGUCCAUGCUAUGUGAAGACGCCGUGUCCAUGUUAGCGCUGCACAUUCCUGAGGAGGACCGCUGCAUCGAUAUCCUGGAGCUGAUCGAGAUGGACAAGCUGCUCAGCUUCCACUCUCAUACGCUCACGUUGUACGCCGCUCUCUGCUACCAGAGCAAUUACAGAGCCGCGCACGCGUUGUGUCAACACGUGGACCAGAAGCAGCUGUUGUACGCGAUACAGAGCCAGUACCUGUCAGGGCCGCUGCGGCAGGGAUUCUACGACCUGCUCAUCGCCUUACAUCUGGAGUCGCACGCCACCACUAUGGAGGCUUGUAAGAAUGAAUUCGUCAUACCACUGGGGGGUGAGCUGAAGUCUCUCUACGAAGAUCCAGAGAUGCGGCACAGUCUCCGAUCUCUUCAGACUGAGAGCGUUCGACCACAUAUGAACAUGACCAAUAUUGCCGAGAACAUAUCUGACAUCAGUAACCUGUACUCGCCUCACUUCCCACUGGAGGUGGUGCGGGAGUUCGUGAUGCAGGCCUUGGCGGAGGCCGUGGAGACCAACCAGGUUCACAACCGGGACCCUGUCGGCGGCAGCAACGAGAACCUGUUCCUACCCCUGAUAAAGCUGGUAGACCGGCUGUUGUUGGUUGGCAUGAUGAGGGAUGAAGACGUGGAGAAGCUACUCAUAAUGAUCAACCCUGAGACUUGGGAUCCAACUUUUGAUAAAGAGGGCAAGGACGAGCACAGGAAGGGUCUGCUUCACAUGAAGAUGGCCGAGGGCGCUAAGCUGCAGAUGUGCUACCUGCUGCAGCACCUCAAUGAUAUCCAGCUGCGACACCGCGUGGAGUUCAUCAUCGCCUUCGCGCAUGACUUUGUUGGGGAUUUGCAGAGUGACCAGCUUAGACGCUACACAGAGAUCAAGCAGUCUGACCUGCCCAGUGCUGUGGCUGCCAAGAAGACCAGAGAGUUCCGGUGUCCACCGCGGGAACAGAUGAACGCUAUAUUGAGCUUCAAGCACAUGGAAGAAGAGGACCCUGAUAACUGCCCGUGCGGCGAGGAGCUGAUCACCAGGAUGAACGGCUUCCACGAGAGUCUCAUGUCGCACGUGUCGCUCAACGCGCUCCAGGAACCCGACUCUGACGCAACGGAGCCAGAAGUCAAAUCCGGACCGUUUGGAAAAAUUUACAACAUCAUCAACACUGUGAAAGAGCUCGAAGAGGAACCUAAGGCACUGGAAGAACCGCCAAAGAAGACUCCAGAAGAAAAGUUCCGUAAAGUGCUAAUUCAGACCAUCGUAAACUGGGCAGAGGAAUCACAGAUUGAAACCCCGAAACUCGUCAGAGAAAUGUUUAGUUUGUUGGUUCGGCAAUACGAUGCGAUCGGUGAACUGAUCCGAGCUCUCGAGAAGACGUACGUGAUCAACGCGAAGACGAAGCUAGACGUGGCUGAGAUGUGGGUGGGACUGAGCCAGAUCCGAGCACUGCUGCCCGUGCAGAUGAGCCAGGAAGAGGAGGAGCUCAUGAGGAAGCGCCUAUGGAAACUGGUGAACAAUCACACCUUCUUCCAGCAUCCUGAUUUAAUCAGAGUUCUCCGCGUGCACGAGAACGUCAUGGCAGUGAUGAUGAACACGCUGGGAAGACGGGCGCAGGCACAGUCUGACGCUCCAACCGCCUCGCCGCCUACACCCGAGGACAAAGAAAAGGACACUAGUCACGAGAUGGUGGUGGCGUGUUGCCGGUUCCUGUGCUACUUCUGCCGCACGGGCCGACAGAACCAGAAGGCCAUGUUCGAUCACUUCGAUUUCUUGCUGGAGAACUCUAACAUCUUACUAUCCAGACCCUCGCUCAGAGGGUCCACCCCGCUCGACGUGGCCUACUCUAGUCUUAUGGAGAAUACCGAGUUGGCUUUGGCAUUGCGGGAGCACUAUUUAGAAAAGAUAGCGGUAUACCUGUCGAGGUGUGGACUGCAGAGUAACUCUGAGCUUAUCGAGAAAGGCUACCCGGACCUGGGGUGGGACCCUGUGGAGGGUGAGCGGUAUCUGGACUUCUUGCGGUUCUGUGUUUGGGUGAACGGAGAAAGCGUCGAGGAGAAUGCCAACCUCGUGAUUCGUCUCCUGAUCAGACGUCCAGAGUGUUUGGGACCGGCGCUACGAGGCGAGGGCGAGGGUCUGCUCAAGGCGAUCGUGGACGCGAACAAGAUGAGUGAGAGGAUCGCCGACAGGAGGAAACUGAGGGAGAUGGAGCAGGAGGGAGACGUUAACUUCAGUCACCCGCUGCCCGAGUCGGAUGACGACGAAGACUACAUUGACACGGGCGCCGCCAUCUUGAACUUCUACUGCACGCUGGUGGACCUGCUCGGACGGUGCGCGCCCGACGCCGCCGUCAUCGCUCUGGGUAAAAACGAAUCACUUCGUGCUCGAGCCAUCUUACGAUCUCUGGUCCCUCUUGAGGACCUGCAAGGUGUGCUCAGCCUGAGGUUCACGUUGAACAACCCCGCGGCUGGGGAGGAGAGACCUAAGUCUGAUAUGCCGUCUGGUCUCAUCCCGGGCCACAAGCAGAGCGUGGGUUUGUUCCUCGAGCGGGUAUAUGGCAUCGAGACCCAGGAACUGUUCUACCGCCUGCUAGAGGAGGCGUUCCUUCCUGACCUGAGAGCUGCUACUAUGCUGGAUAGGAACGACGGUUGCGAAUCGGACAUGGCGCUCUCAAUGAACAGAUACAUCGGCAACUCGAUCCUGCCCUUGCUCAUCAAGCACGCCAACUUCUACAACGAGGCCGAGAACUACGCCAGCCUGCUUGACGCCACACUGCACACUGUCUACAGGUUGUCAAAGAACCGCAUGCUGACGAAGGGUCAGCGUGAGGCGGUGUCAGACUUCCUGGUCGCGCUCACGUCAGCUAUGCAGCCGUCCAUGUUACUGAAGCUGCUCCGGAAACUGACGGUUGACGUGUCCCGUCUCUCGGAGUACACCACUGUAGCUCUGAGGUUGCUUACGCUGCACUACGAGCGCUGCGCCAAGUACUACGGCAGCACGGGCGGGCAGGGCGCCUACGGCAACUCCUCCGAUGAGGAGAAGCGUCUCACCAUGAUGCUGUUCUCCAACAUCUUCGACUCCCUCAGCAAGAUGGACUACGAGCCGGAGUUGUUCGGGAAGGCGCUGCCUUGUCUCAUCGCUAUCGGUUGCGCUCUUCCUCCGGACUAUUCACUUUCCAAGAACUACGACGACGAAUUUUAUGGAAAAGAAAACCAAGGAACGGGCGCCGACAACCCACAGUAUGACCCGCAGCCGAUCAACACGUCUUCGGUGGCGCUUAACAACGACCUCAACACUAUCGUGCAGAAGUUCUCCGAGCACUACCACGACGCCUGGGCUUCCAGAAAAAUUGAGAAUGGCUGGGUUUACGGUGAGUCAUGGUCCGACCACCAGAAGACACACCCGCGGCUGAAGCCAUACAACAUGCUCAACGACUAUGAGAAAGAGCGCUACAAGGAGCCAGUCCGCGAGUCUCUGAAGGCUCUGCUGGCCAUCGGCUGGUCGGUGGAGCACUCGGAGGUGGACAUACCCAGCACAAACCGCAGCUCCAUGCGGCGCCAGUCCAAGUCCGGCAUCGACUCGGCGACACCGUUCAACUACAACCCACACCCCGUGGACAUGACAAACCUGACGCUGUCCAGAGAGAUGCAGAACAUGGCGGAGAGGCUGGCUGAGAACGCGCACGACAUCUGGGCUAAGAAGAAGAAGGAGGAACUCGUCACCAACGGAGGUGGAAUCCAUCCCCAACUGGUUCCGUACGAUCUCCUCACCGACAAAGAAAAGAAAAAAGACCGAGAACGUUCUCAGGAAUUCCUUAAGUACUUACAGUACCAAGGUUACAAACUCCACAGACCCAGUAAGGCAACACAGGGCGACACGGAACAGACCACUACCGGCGUGGCAAUAGAGCUCAGAUUCGCUUACUCGUUGCUCGAGAAACUAAUCCAGUACAUCGACAGAGCGACUAUUAACAUGAAACUGCUGAAACCAUCGACAACCUUCAGCAGAAGAUCUAGUUUUAAGACUAGUACGAGGGAUAUUAAGUUCUUUUCCAAGGUGGUGCUGCCUCUGAUGGAGAAGUACUUCUCUACUCACCGCAACUACUUCAUCGCGGUGGCGACCGCUACCAAUAACGUGGGCGCCGCCAGUCUGAAGGAGAAGGAGAUGGUGGCAGCACUCUUCUGUAAACUGGCCAGCUUGUUGAGAUCCAGAUUGGCCGCGUUCGGUCCUGAUGUCCGCAUCACGGUGCGCUGUCUUCAGGUCCUGGUGAAGGGUAUCGACGCCAAGUCGCUCGUGAAGAACUGCCCCGAGUUCAUCCGGACCUCCAUGCUCACGUUCUUCAACAACCUGGCUGACGAUCUUGGACACACCAUUAUGAACUUACAGGACGGCAAGUAUGCUCACCUCCGCGGCACUCACCUGAAGACGUCCACCUCGUUAGGCUACAUCAACGGUGUCCUCCUGCCCGUGCUCACCGCGAUGUUUGACCACCUGGCUAACUGCGAGUACGGCGCUGAUUUGUUGCUGGAUGAGAUACAAGUGGCGUCGUACAAGAUGCUGGGAUCUUUGUACACCCUGGGCACCGACACUCAACUCACUCAUGACAGGAAGUAUCUGAAGACUGAGAUUGAAAGGCAUAAGCCGGCAUUGGGUUCGUGCCUGGGCGCCUUCAGUUCAACAUUCCCAGUGGCGUUCCUGGAGCCGCAUCUCAACAAACACAACCAGUUCUCUCUGCUCAACCGCAUUGCCGACCACUCGCUAGAGGCUCAAGAUAUAAUGGCGAAGAUGGAACAGUCCAUGCCAACCCUGGAGACGAUUCUGAGUGAGGUGGAUCACUUCGUGGAGUCAGACAAGACGUACAACGAGGCGCCGCACAUCAUCGACGUGGUCCUGCCACUGCUGUGCUCGUACCUACCCUUCUGGUGGGCACAGGGGCCGGACAACGUCACGCCCACUGCAGGCAACCACGUUACCAUGGUGACGGCAGAACACAUGAACCAGCUCCUUAAGAACGUGCUGAAACUGAUCAAGAAGAACAUUGGCAACGAGAGUGCGCCCUGGAUGACCAGGAUCGCGACCUACACACAGCAGAUUAUUAUCAACAGCUCUGAGGAGUUGUUACGGGACGCCUUCCUGCCACUCGCAGAGAGAGUGCGCAAGCGGACAGACAACAUGUUCCACAAGGAGGAGAGUUUGAGAGGCUUCAUUAAGUCAUCAACGGAUGACACUUCGCAAGUCGAGUCUCAGAUCCAGGAGGACUGGCAGCUGCUGGUGCGUGACAUCUACUCCUUUUAUCCACUCCUCAUCAAGUACGUCGAUCUGCAGAGGAACCACUGGCUCAGGAAUAAUAUAACAGAGGCUGAAGAACUUUACAACCACGUCGCGGAGAUAUUCAACAUUUGGUCCAAGAGUCAGUACUUCCUCAAGGAAGAACAGAACUUCAUAUCGGCCAAUGAAAUCGACAACAUGGUGUUGAUAAUGCCUACCGCUACCAGAAGAGUAACCACCGUGGUCGAUGGCUCGCAACAAGGUGGUGGAAAGAAAAAGAAGAAGCAUCGCGACAAGAAGCGUGAUAAGGACAAGGAAGUUCAGGCGUCGCUGAUGGUCGCCUGUCUCAAGCGGUUGCUUCCCGUGGGACUCAACUUGUUCGCGGGAAGGGAACAGGAGCUGGUGCAACAUUGCAAGGAUCGCUUCCUGAAGAAAAUGUCGGAGCAAGAUGUUGCAGAAUUCGCUAAAACUCAGCUCACGCUACCAGACAAGAUUGACCCUGCGGAUGAAAUGUCUUGGCAGCACUAUCUGUACAGUAAGCUGGGCUCGAAGAGUAAGGCGUCUAUCACGAUGGAUACAUCCGACAAUAAGGCCAAGAUCAUAGACGAUACUGUCGAGAGGAUUGUCGCUAUGAGUAAAGUGCUGUUCGGAUUGCAUAUGAUCGACCAUCCACAACAAAUGAGCAAGAAUGUAUACCGUUCCGUUGUGUCGAUACAACGGAAGAGAGCGGUCAUCGCUUGCUUCAGACAGACGUCGCUCCACUCGUUGCCCAGGCAUCGGGCGUGUAAUAUAUUCGCGAGGACAUACUAUGAGCUGUGGUUGGAAGAAGAAAACGUCGGCCAAGAAGUAAUGAUUGAAGACCUGACGCAAUCGUUUGAGGAUUCAGAACUGAAGAAGACCGAUGUGGUAGAAGAGGAAGGCAAGCCAGAUCCUCUCACUCAGCUGGUGACCACUUUCUGUAGAGGCGCCAUGACGGAGAGAUCCGGAGCGCUUCAAGAGGAUCCCCUGUACAUGUCGUACGCUCACAUCAUAGCGAAGUCUUGUGGUGAGGAGGAAGAGGAGGGAGGCGACGAGGAGGAGGGGGGAGGAGAGGCUGAGCCAGAGGAUGAGGGGAGGGCGAGUAUACACGAACAAGAAAUGGAGAAACAGAAGCUGCUGUUCCAUCAAGCACGGUUGGCUAAUCGUGGAGUGGCAGAGAUGGUACUCCUGCACAUAUCCGCUUCCAAGGGAGUGCCCAGCGAUAUGGUAAUGGGCACUCUGCAGCUGGGCAUCUCUAUUCUCAGGGGUGGCAACAUUGAUAUACAGAUGGGCAUGUUGAAUCACCUCAAAGACAAAAAGGAUGUCGGUUUCUUCACGUCGAUAGCUGGUCUUAUGAACUCCUGCUCCGUGCUCGACUUGGACGCGUUCGAACGGAACACUAAAGCUGAAGGUUUGGGAGUGGGCUUGGAAGGUGCUGCAGGUGAGAAGAAUAUGCACGAUGCAGAGUUCACCUGCGCCCUGUUCAGGUUCAUUCAGCUGACUUGCGAGGGUCACAACCUGGAAUGGCAGAACUACCUCCGCACCCAAGCCGGCAACACUACCACCGUCAAUGUGGUCAUCUGCACCGUCGACUAUCUGCUGCGGCUGCAGGAGUCCAUCAUGGACUUCUACUGGCAUUACUCAAGCAAGGAAUUGAUAGACCCGGCUGGAAAGGCGAACUUCUUCAAAGCCAUCGGCGUCGCGUCUCAGGUGUUCAACACACUCACUGAGGUGAUACAGGGCCCGUGUACACAGAACCAACAGGCUUUGGCGCAUUCCAGGUUGUGGGACGCGGUGGGCGGGUUCCUCUUUCUGUUCUCACACAUGCAAGACAAGCUGUCGAAGCACUCCUCGCAGGUGGAUCUGCUAAAGGAGCUCCUUAACCUUCAGAAGGACAUGAUCACAAUGAUGCUUUCCAUGCUUGAAGGAAACGUGGUUAAUGGUACGAUCGGUAAGCAGAUGGUUGACACGUUGGUAGAGUCUGCCUCCAAUGUCGAGCUGAUCCUCAAGUACUUCGACAUGUUCCUCAAGCUAAAGGACCUGACGUCCAGUGCCAGCUUCAAGGAGAUCGACACCAACAACGACGGCUGGGUGCUGCCUAAAGACUUCAAGGAGAAGAUGGAACAGCAGAAAAGUUAUACACCGGAAGAGAUAGAGUUUCUACUUGCUUGCUGCGAGACGAAUCAUGAUGGCAAGUUGGACUACGUUGGCUUCUGUGACCGUUUCCACGAGCCAGCGAAAGAAAUUGGAUUCAAUCUGGCCGUGCUGCUAACCAACUUGUCAGAGCACAUGCCUAACGAACCCAGACUUGCCCGUUUCCUGGAGACAGCUGGCUCAGUUCUGAACUACUUCGAGCCGUUCCUCGGCCGUAUCGAAAUCAUGGGCGGGUCGAAGCGUAUCGAGCGCGUGUACUUCGAGAUCAAGGAGUCCAACAUCGAGCAGUGGGAGAAGCCGCAGAUCAAGGAGUCGAAACGCGCGUUCUUCUACAGCAUCGUAACUGAGGGUGGAGAUAAAGAGAAAUUGGAAGCGUUCGUGAACUUCUGUGAGGACGCCAUCUUUGAGAUGACCCACGCGUCAGGUCUGAUGGCAGCUUCGGAGGAGUCUUCCGGAGGCCCCAAGAACAGGGAAGCCAGCUAUAUGUAUAUGGGAGAUGAUGAUGACGAGAGAUCGGGUAAAGAUCCAUUCCGACGUGGUCUGCAGUCCAUGAAGGACGGUAUUUCUGCGGCAUUCUCGUCCUUAUCUCCAUCCAACAUAAAGUCGAGGAUUGCUGAUCUGCAGCAGAUGUCACCACCGGAGCUGUUCCUCGGAUUUUUCAAGCUAUUCUUUUACCUGUUCUACUAUAUCGGUUACGGAUUUGUUGUUGUUAUAAGGUAUAUAUUUGGAGUGCUGCUCGGACUGAUGAGAGGCCCACAGGUGGAGGAGGCACCGCCCCCGGAGCCCACGGAAGAGGAGAAAAUCGGUCAGUUGUACUUCAAACACAGACUGUUGCAAAGCCCGUCUCGACAUCUGCCAGCAUUGCCGGCCACUGACGACACGGGACAGAUGCAAGUCUCUGCAUUCGGACUCGACAUCACCAAAGAGGACAAUGGACAGCUGCAAGUGAAACCCCACGAGUCUCCCAACGCGUCCACUCCAUCAUCAGGUGAAGAGGCCGAGGUGUCUCUUGACGAGAGCCUGGAGCACAGUGAGGAGACAGGCGGGCAGCCCCCCUCGCUCAUUGAUAUACUAGGAGGUGAGCAAGCUAAAAAACAAGCAGCCGAGCGAAUGGAGGCACAAGCUGCGCAACAAGCUGCCAUGUCUGCUAUAGAGGCUGAAAGCAAAAAGGCAGUUCAAGUCCCCGCACCGUCAGCUCUCUCUCAAGUGGAUCUGUCUCAGUACACAAAGCGCGCUGUAUCGUUCCUGGCUCGCAACUUCUACAACCUCAAAUACGUCGCUCUCGUUCUGGCCUUCUGCAUCAACUUUGUGCUUCUCUUUUACAAGGUAUCAACUCCCGAUGUAGAGAAGAGCGAGGGUUCAGGACUUGGAGAUAUUAUCAGCGGUUCGGGGUCUGGACACGGUUCUGGUAGUGGAGAUGGCAGUGGCGAGGAUGCUGACGACAGCCUGGAGGUGGUUCAGAUCGACGAGGACUUCUUCUAUAUGGAGCAUGUCAUCAAUAUCGCGGCCGCACUGCACUCCAUCGUGUCGCUCGCCAUCCUCAUCGGCUACUACCAUCUCAAGGUGCCGCUGGCUAUAUUCAAACGUGAAAAGGACAUAGCACGCAGACUGGAGUUUGAUGGACUUUACAUUGCUGAGCAACCUGAAGAUGAUGACCUCAAGAGCCACUGGGACAAACUUGUUAUUUCUGCCAAAUCGUUCCCGGUCAACUACUGGGACAAGUUCAUUAAGAAGAAAGUGCGCGCCAAGUACUCAGAGACUUAUGACUUCGACUCGAUCUCCAACAUGUUGGGUAUGGAGCGGACCUCGUUCUCAGCCCAGGAGGAUGAGGGCAACAAAGGACUGCUGAACUACAUCAUCACGAUCGACUGGCGCUACCAGGUUUGGAAGGCCGGCGUCACCAUCACCGAUAACUCGUUCCUGUACUCACUGUGGUACUUCAGCUUCUCCGUUAUGGGCAACUUCAAUAACUUCUUCUUCGCUGCACAUCUGCUCGACGUGGCUGUGGGCUUCAAGACGCUCAGAACUAUCCUGCAGUCCGUCACGCAUAAUGGGAAACAGUUGGUGCUGACGGUGAUGCUGCUCACGAUAAUAGUGUACAUCUACACGGUGAUCGCGUUCAACUUCUUCCGCAAGUUCUACGUACAAGAAGAGGAUGAUGAGAUCAAUAGGAACUGCCAUGACAUGCUUACGUGCUUCGUGUUCAACUUGUACAAGGGAGUCCGCGCUGGCGGUGGUAUCGGUGAUGAGCUGGAGCCGCCCGACGGUGAUGACUCCGAGGUGUACCGCAUCAUCUUCGACAUCUCCUUCUUCUUCUUCGUCAUCAUUAUUCUUCUCGCCAUUCUGCAGGGUUUGAUUAUCGACGCAUUCGGAGAACUGCGUGACCAGCUCGAGUCGGUGAAGGAAGACAUGGAGUCGAACUGCUUCAUCUGUGGCAUCAAUAAGGAUUACUUUGAUAAGGUGCCGCAUGGGUUUGACACGCACGUGCAGCGCGAGCAUAAUCUUGCCAAUUACAUGUUCUUCCUCAUGCACCUCAUAAACAAACCCGACACCGAAUACACUGGUCAAGAGACAUUUGUCUGGAAUAUGUACACCCAGCGCUGUUGGGACUUCUUCCCGGUCGGAGACUGCUUCAGGAAACAAUAUGAAGACGUCAUGGGAGAAUAGAAGUUGAGACUCUCUUACUGGACGGAUGGAUUGAUACUGUAUAGAUUAUUAUUAUUAGAUUGGUGACAUGAAAAAUAUAAGAAUACUAUUUAUUAAUAAUUAAUUAGGUCUAUAUCUAUGUAUUUAUUGCAUUUGUAUUUUAGCUCACAAUUGGACGUAAUUCCAGAAAAACGUUCCAUACCACAAUCAUGUCGAAAUUGAGUUAAGAACACAAAACUGGUCACAUGAUUCAUAUUAACAGACUGAUAAAAAAUGGCAGCCCUACUGUCACUCUUUUAACGACAUCAUGACUUAGUAGCCCAACCCACAUGUAUGGAUUACACCAACAUUUAUUAAUCUUUAAACACACGAAUUCUUUAAAAUGUGAUGUUUGUGGCUUGGAACGAUUUUAAGGAACUACGUCUAAUAAACAUAGUCAUAUUCCAACUUUUAUCGAUAAAAAUGUCACAAAACAAGUUUACGCAUACUCCUGAUAAGAACAACAUUCAUAUUAUAAAACGCACAAUUUAUCAAAAUAUUGUCUUGUAUAGGUAUUUUUGUAUUUCUAAAGCAUUUUUAUCUUGCUUAACUGUUUUGAAUAUUUAUUAAAAAUUCAAUCAAUGGUCUCUUUCAAAUCACCAAUCUAUUACGUAAGAUGUAACUAUUUUUUGUCUCGUUGUAAGAAUAGCUUACAUUUUGCUCAAAAUUAACACCAAUUGUUCCAUUUAAGUAGAGAUUAAGGAUUGUUUGAAAGUAUUUUAAUAUAUAGGCAUCGCCAAAAUCAAAUAAAUUAAAGUGUUUAACGUGAAAAGGACGUUUAAAUUUGAUAGAUGAUUCUUCACUUCGAAAUUUGAUUCCUGAAAAUAAAUGUUGUUAAAGUUUAAAUUUCAAUAACUAUUUACGAUAAAUGCAUUUGAAAAUGCAGUUAUAUUAUUUAAAAUUUUACUUACAAGUAAAUGCGAAUAUUUUAAAUAAUUAUUACAAAAUAUUAAAGGUAAGGUAAAGAUAUUAGACAAUAUUUCAAUCUUUUAUCUUCUUGUUAUGAUGUCUUUGUUGUUUCGUAUGCUUACAGUGUCGUGAACAUUUAUAACAAGUAUGGGGGCCUUUCCAAGUUAACUUAUUCUAUAUAGUUUAUUUAAAAUAAUACGAGUUAAUAAAACUUGUGAUUCAUU